UUCAUUGGCAUAAGCGGUUACGUAUGAAUCGGAUGUCUGCCACGUACUGAACAAGGUUUUACAAGCAAAUACCCAGUUAAUCCUAUUAAGCACCAUUAUAAAAAGUCAUUGAAUGUCACAAGAAAGGGUACAAGAACAAAUAAUAGCAGUAAAUAUUGUUAAUUGUAAGGAUAUAUGACGCACAGACAGGACACCAUGAGACAACGUCCCUACGACAUCCAUUUAUUCAAGAAAUGAUGAUGAUUGAGAUAAUAUAAUACUAGGUUAUAAUCAUAACAUGAAGAUGAAUAAAAUGUUAACAAAACCUUCACAUACCAUAGCGUUGUGUUCAAUUGCUAACUUUAUAAAUGCAGCAGACAGAGUCAUUAUGCCUAUAGCUAUUGUUCCUAUGGCAGAUGAAUAUAAUUGGGACUUGCAUGGACAAGGAUGGGUACUCAGUUCAUUUGCUGUUGGAUAUAUGAGCAGUCAGGUUUUUGGAGGUAGUGGAUCAAAGAAGUAUGGUGGAAAAGCUAUAUUAUUAAUAUCUGUUCUCCUUUGGUCUUUUUCUACACUCAUGGUACCUUUCUGUGCCCCAUCUAUUAACCUGUUGAUAUUUUCUCGAGUUUUACUCGGACUUGGAGAAGGGCUAGGUCUUCCAACAAUUUUCCAUAUCUUCGCUCACACCAUUCCUGGAGAAGAAAGAUCUAGAGCAUUUGGUUACCUAGUAGCUUGUGGAUCAAUAGGUCAAACAGUGGCUUCUGUGAUAUUACCACAUAUGUCCUGGCCUUGGAUGUUCUAUUUGUUUGGUUUUAUGGGUAUUUUCUGGGUAUUAGCUUGGGCAGUUUUAUACCAAGAAGCCAGAACAUCAACAGAAGAAGAAUUUAUUGAACCUCCAAAAGUAUCUAAUACCAACGUAUCAUGGAGAGAAUUUUUAUGCCAUUGGCCGCUGUGGUCCAUUUAUAUAGCACAUUUUAGUAUGAACUGGUCAAAUUAUAUUAUAAUGCAGUGGUUACCAACAUAUAUGAGAAGAACAUUAGGUGCUAAUCAAAGUUCUAUAAUGUUUACUGCUGUACCAUAUGUCAUGAAUUCAUUAGUAGGUGUUGUUGCUGGUCACUUUGCAGAUUCAUUAAUAAUAAAACAUAAAUGGACGACGGUGUCCGUGAGAAGAUUAAUGACAAGUAUUGGUCUGUUAGGACCAGGAUUAUUUAUCUUGUUUUUUAGUGCUGUUGAUAAUCUUCCUUUAGCUGUUUUCUUUGUAUCUUUAUCACUUGGUUUAAGUGCAUGUAAUUCAUCGGGUCACUUAAGUAAUCAUGCAGAGGUUGCACCUAAUCAUGCUGGCAUUACGUUUGCCAUAUCAAAUACAUUGGCCACUAUUCCGGGUAUUUUAUGUGGACCUUUAACAGCAGAGUUAGUUUCACAAAGUCAUGGACGAUGGUUUCCUGUAUUUAUCAUAGCAGCAGGAGUAAACUUUGUUGGUGCUAUUAUUUAUCUAAGUCAAAGUGCUGCUAGUCAAGUGUUAUAGUAUUUAACUAAACAAUUAUAGUUAUUUGUGAUAUCAAAUUUUUCCCAUGAAUUUAUGGUUGUAAGAUUUGGGAUUUUUAUUUUGGGGCCAAAAGAACAUAUAUUUUAGAGCAGAAAAGUUUCAAGUUGUCAAAAUACAUGUUUUUCACCUGGCUGGUCAUUUUGAAAUUGUGUGUUGUUUAAAUCCUUGUCAGAAAGCAAUGCCUAUGUCAUGGAGAUUUUAGAAAUUGUCUAAUAAGAAAUAAUAUGGUUUACACAAAGUGUGAGUACUAAUAUGGUUUACACAAAGUUUGAAUAAUAAUAUGGUUUACACAAAAUGUGAAUAAUAAUAUGGUUUACACAAAAUGUGAAUAAUAAUAUGGUUUACACAAAUUGUAAAUGAUAAUAUGGUUUACACAAAGUGUGAAUUCUUGAGAUUAUGAGUGUUUCUUUUCUUGAUAAUUUAUGUUGUUUUAUUAAAAUUUUUUGCCAACAUAUAUUUUUUGUUGUUUUUAAAUGUAGAAAGAAUCAUGUUAAAAAUCUCAUUUUGUUGUCAUUGACCAUUGUAAGUGAAUAAUAUUAAAACUGUUAAAUAAUAAGUAAUCUUAUAUCUGUUCCAUUAAAUGGCUGUUCUAUUCAAACAUAUAUGGGACUGUGGGAAGACACUUUGGAAAUAAUGUAACUGCUUAUAUCAGCAUUUUGAGACUUGUUUACAUUUUAAACUUGUACAACAUGAUAUUUACACCCACCAACAGUGGCACAUUCAAGUUGCCUUCUCUAGGUCCCAUACAUGUCUUUAUGGAACAGUCUAAAAGGGCAUUACAUAUUUAUAUAAUAGCAAAGGGUCCUAGAUUCAACAUACUGUUGUGUCUCAAAUUUUAAACAAAUUAAUUAAACUAGUGAAUAUAACUUAUUUUUCAAUUUAAAUGUAAUUGGCCAAUGUUAAGUUUAAGGGAUAUUUACAGCAGAUUGUUGUAUUGAGUGUGUAGGUAAAGGUAAUAUCUUUGGUUACCGUAAAGUCAUUAUUAAGUUGGCUAAACUACCCUCCAUUAAGAGUAGACUAGUCUGACAGAUAACCAAUUUUUCUUCCUGUAAGAGUAGACUACUUUGAAAGGAGGAUAGUAUAACUUACCUAGUGAUGACUGCACGGUUCAGUUAGCAAACAAACUAACCAAAGAUUUUACCUUUAACUACACACUCAAUGCAAUCAGCUGAAAGGUAAAACCUAUAUUUUAAAGACUUGCAACAAAUUUUCAUCAGUAAAUCUGGCAAGUCAUUUCAGCUAGUACACUCUUUAUCUGAUGAUUUAGUAUACUGGUUUUGGUGGCAAUCUUUAACAUUUUUUGUAGGUCAUGGUCAAUUAUUCUUUUACUUUAUUUUUAAUAAAAUGUCAGUUCAUAUUAAGGUCAUUUUACUUUUAUAAGUAUCUUAAGUAAAACAGUUGUUGUCCAUUUGUUUGAUGUGUUUCAUCAUUUGAUUAGGGACUUUCUGUUUUUAAUUUUCCUCGGAGUUCAGUAUUUUUGUGAUUUUACUUUUUCAUCAUUACACUUCUGGUUGGUUGGUCUUUUGUACUUAAUUGCAUUCAGUAAAAAAUUAACAAAUCAGUAGAUUUGUUUUUUAUUUGUUUAAAUUUAUUAUUAAGGUCAAGGGCUUUUCUCUUUCAAUAAGUACAAUCAUGCCUUUUGAAACAACUUUGAUAAUUAUUUUGCAUCUCGCAAAAAACACUUUACCAAUAAAUUUUGAUUUAAAGAUGUAGAGUGAAGAAUGAAUAUUUGAAUAGGCCAGUUGAAAAUUAUGAAGAUGUUGUUUCUUUUAUGGAUAAAAUAGAUGAAUUAGAUUUAAAAAAAAUAGCUACUGAUUUCUCUAUUACACAAUCUUUGUUCCAAUGGGUAAAAAUAUGAAUGGAGUUAGCCCUUUUAUAUGUUGUAAGGUCACAAACUUUGUUCUUUUUUUAAAAAUAAAAGAUAAAAGUCGUUUAUUGUAAUUAGCACAAUUAUGCUAAAGCAUAUUUAAAUUAUACUAUUAGCACGUGUUAGCAACAUGAAAUUUAUAUGUUUUGAUAAUAUAUAGUAUAUAAAAGAAGAGAGAACAACAAAAACAUUUUGAACACUUUGUUUAUGAAAAAGACAAUAUAUAUAUAUAUAUAACUAUGCUAAUAUGAAAUUCCUCAAGUUUCCAACUUUCACACACAAUUCUAAAAUAUACUUAUUGUUCUAUUUCAAUAUUUUAUUAAUUAUUUAAUGCACAUAUGAUAAAGGAAUAAAUAAAGCUGUUUUAUAAAAGAAACGGUGUUACAUUUAUGCUGGUCUUGUACCAAUUUUGAACCAUAGUUUUAGAAACAAGAAUGUUUUUUAUUUUAAUUUUUUUUUCAAAAUAUAUCAAUUUGUGUGUUUUUUGUUAUUUAACACCCUGCAUGAUGAGCUAAAGAAUAAAAAUUUCAAAUUGAUGGCAAUGAUGAAAAGUGUUGAUACAUUUGUACUAUAAUGUGUAAUAAAAUACUGUGAUAUUUUGUAAAAAAGUAUAUAUAUAUAUUUAUUUUGUGCAUAUUGAAGCUAUAUUUAAUAUUAUAUCUGCAUACUUGCUUGAAGUAUAACUGGUGUCUAACACCUUCAUUUGUUAUAUAAUUAGCCUAUCAGAUAAGCCUUCUUGUCAAUUUUUGCCCUUGCCAUUUAUUAAAGGAACUUGGCUUUCUAUUUCAUGUGGUGGUAUUUGGUGCCAUUUUGUAAAUGUAAAUUACUAUAUUAGCUUUAUUACAUAUUUUGUGCUCUGUGACAUAUGUUUUAUAUGUGUUUUGUUAACAUACAUUUAACAUAUGUAUUGAGUACCAAACUGUUUUAAAACAUAUUCACUUUUUACUUUAUUCGUUUUCUAUCUUUAAAUCAGGUUAAAACUUGUUUUUGUUUAUACAACGGAAUAUAUUGUUACACAUGCCUCUUUGUGCAAAUAUAAUUUGAGUUUUUAAAUGACAUUUUUCUUUCAUUAUACCAAAGACAAAAAUCGUUAUAUUUCAUAUGUUGAUUGAAUAGUUUCAAAUAAUGAUAUUUUUAAUAUUAAAAAUUCACUUUUUUUAUUUUUAAUCAAAUUUCAUUAAAUGACAUCUUUGUGUAAAUAUAUGGUACAGAAAAUAGUUCUCUGAUUUCCCCAAUAAAAUAUAUUAAUUGAAUUCCCUGUACCAGUAAUCACAUCAAUUCUAGCCUUUUUGUAGUUAUGUGAUUUCUUGGUUUUGCCAAAAUCUGCAUACUACUACUCGAUUUAUUUCACUUGACUGGGCGGAUUUGACAAUAAUAAACCAGUCCAUCUAUAGAUAGGUGUUUUAGGAUAAACUUAUGAAUGAAAUGUCCAGGAAUUAUUUUGUAAAUUCAAUUGAUGACACUGAUAGGUGAUUAGAAAUCAGUAAUAAUUAUAAAGGCAAUCAUCCUUAUCACACACAUCUUCAAAUAGACUGUCCUUGUGCAAAUUAAAACAUUAGCUCGAUCAGUUGAAAUAAAAUAGAUAGAAAAUUUGUAAUUUCUUGAAAAUUUAAAUUCAUGGUUAACCUGUACCCACGAAAACCAUGAAAAUUGGUAUCCAGCAAAUAAUAAUGAAUCCACAGUAUACCCAUAACUAUUCUAUUAAGGUGGUACCCAACACCUUGACCUAUAAUUAAUUUGGCUUGUCUAAUUUUCAUAAAAAUUUUACAAAAAAUCAACUUUCAGCAUUUGACAAAAAUAUCAAAAAUUCCAAGAAUUUGAACCAACCAUUUUAUCAGAAAAAUUUCAUUGGUUACAUAGCAGUUUGACAAACACUAAUUUUGAUUAUUGGGACGCUUAAUAUUUCCUUAACAAUACAAUGUGAUUAAAAUGUUGAGCUGAUUUUACAGAGUUAUCUCCCUGUAGUUUAAGGUACCACCUUAAAUACAUAUUACCUGAAAUACUUCAUGCAUUUACUGAAUCAUCUAUUCUUUGUUGUCGUUAAUGAUGAAAUUUGUGUUUCAACUUUAAGUAUAGUAUAUAAUGGCCUUGUUGAGAUUAUUUUCAUGUUAACGUCCAUUGUUGUUGUUUAAUGUUAUUGUCAAAUUUUUGUCAACAAGUAUUGACAUGUGAACAAAUAAAUAACUUAUUUUUA